AUGAGUGCCCUACUUGAAACCUCUCUGGGCGAUAUCGUGAUCGACCUGCUGGUCGACGAAUCGCCCAAAGCCUGUGAAAACUUCCUGAAGCUCUGCAAAAUCAAAUAUUACAAUUUUACGCCCAUCCACAGCGUCCAGAAAGACUUCAGUUUCCAAACCGGCGACCCGCUGGGCCCUGACGCGCCCGGCAGCGAUGGCGGCUCUUCGAUCUGGGGCGUUCUCGACGGCCCCGCGAAACGCACCUUUCCGAUUGAAAUUCCACCGAAGAUGAAGCAUACCGAGCGCGGAACCGUCAGUAUGGCUACGGUGCCCUCGCCGAACGAUCCAGAUCAACGGGUGGCUGGCAGUCAAUUCUUGAUCACGCUAGGCGAGAACUUGGACUACCUGGACGGCAAGGCGGCCAUCUUUGGCAAGGUUGUCGAGGGGUUUGACGUGUUGGAGAAAAUCAAUGGGGCAUUUGUGGAUAAUCGUGGUCGGCCGUUGAAAGAUAUUCGGAUUCGUCAUACGGUUGUUCUGGAUGACCCCUUUGAUGAUCCUACCGGACUUGUGGAGCCACCUGAAAGUCCUCUGCCAACAAAAGCGCAAUUGGAUACUGUGCGCAUCGCCGAUGAUGAGGACCUCGAUGAGGAAAUGGACGAGGAGGCCAUGGAGAAGCUGCGUCGCGAGCGGGAGGCACGUGCUCAGGCGUUGACGUUGGAGAUGGUGGGUGAUUUGCCUUUUGCCGACGUCAAGCCUCCUGAGAAUGUACUUUUCGUAUGCAAGCUAAACCCUGUCACACAAGGUUCGUGGUGGUCGCGCAUCUUAAUUCUUGAAACUCGAAGAGGCUGUCAACUGACUCGGCAUAUAGAUGAGGAUCUACAAUUGAUCUUCAGCCGCUUUGGUACAAUCCUGUCCUGUGAAGUCAUUCGAGACAAGCGCACUGGAGACAGCCUACAAUACGCCUUUGUUGAGUUUGAGAACCAAAAGGACUGCGAGCAGGCCUAUUUCAAGAUGCAGGGCGUUUUGAUCGAUGACCAUCGGAUUCACGUUGAUUUCUCCCAGAGUGUCUCCAAACUUUCCGACACCUGGCGUAAUGCAACAGUCGCCAAGCGUCAGCAGCGCGGUGGAUUCGGCGGUGUCGCCGACCUUGAACAGAAACGCCAGUACCGAGUAUCGGAUGAUACACAGGCCAAGAACGGAGACCGAGCGUACAACAUGGUCUUUGAUCGGUCGCGACCAAAUCGUGGAGCACCACCUCCUUCGAGUGGUGCUCCCCGCAGCAACCGCCGGCCAUCACGCAGCCCUCGAAGAGACUCACACCGCGACCGGCGCAGCAGCCGCAGUCCUCGGGGCCGAGACUCUCAUCAAUCCCAUUAUCGGCGACGAGUUUCAAGUAGGAGUCCAGGCCGUCGAGACUUUGACCGAAGGGAUCGGGAUCGUGAUCGGGAGCGCAGCGACCGCGGGAACGAACGGCGACAUCGAGAUGACCGACGGGAUGCAGAUCGACCUCGUCGAGAUGAUCGAUAUGAGCGACGGCGAUGA